AUGGGGCGUCUCAGCAUAUUUUCCUGGUCAUCGGGGAAAGCCAGUCACGCUUCUGACACCAGUCCAUCUUGGACCUUGAUUAGCCGACCACAAUCGAAUGCCACCCAGCCUGGCCAGCAAAGAAUAAACUCAGCAAGAGAAACGGGUCCAGAUGUACCCAAGGACACUCGAAAAGGAUUUAUCACCAGCGAGGAAGCUGCUUCGGACAGUCAUUCAUCGCAAAAAGAGAAUCGCACGCAACCCUCCGGCCAACAGCCUCAAACAAACUCGGACGUUCCUAGCAGCGGAGCCUUGGAGCCGUUGACAUUGGUAGGACCGAAUACAGGGUCCUUUUCGCGACGCAUCGCAGGCUUGAAGACUCUCUUUCGUGGCCGCAGACAUCGACGGCAAAGGCUCAAUUUCACAAUCGCCAAAGACGAAGUCGCAGAGGAUGAUUGUGUUAGUGAGGGCGCUCGUUGCUCAACCCCGACUUCCGAAGAGACUAUUGAUAUUGAAGCCAAAGACAGCCAAGCUGCAGUUUCCGCUCAGUCCCCUAAUCCGCUCAAAGCUCCUAUACCCGAUGACGAGGCUCGAAAAGUCAGCGAUAAGACUGAGAAGUCCGUGAACUCAAAUACUACAAACAUCACCGUCUGUCAUCAUCCCUCUAAGCGCAUGUCGAUGCCGAUUAUCGUCGUUGAUCGAGAACUCGCUCAUCCGAACCCUUUUGAUGACGCCUGGGAAGCCUCGCGCUCCGAAGCCUCGCGCUCCGAAACGCAGCUCAGUAACCCGUUCAAACCGCAAGCAAAGACAAGCGACUCUACAGAGCGAUCAAGCUCCGGAUACAGUGGCUCAGAAAACCCUUUCUCCUCGUUGCCGGGAAAUGUUCUUUCCUUAAGUAACUCGUCACACUCAAGCUGGGGCUGCGCUGGGUUUCACGGCUGGCCAUCAGCCUCCGAUAGACAAAUGGCCAGCGAAGCGUUCAAUAAACUAGCAUCUGCGCUAUUUUUGGAACCUUUGGCUGACAAUAAGACCAGUAAGUAUUCCUACGAUCUUGAAGUUCAUUGGUGGGAUCUGACGGCUGUAGCAGACGGGUUGUUUGCUGCAUCAGAUCGGCUAGAACGGCGACGAGACAGGCUGCUUGGUCGAAUUCGAAUAAUGCGGUCCACCAUGCACAUCAGAUCUGAGCCGGCUAUGCCCCGGACACGCAACUUACGUCGAAUGAAAACGUUUACUGCGCUGCCCGAUCGCCCGCACCUCAUGACGUCGCUGAUGAACAAGCCGCUGGAAACCCUGGCCAGACUCGGUGGCUAUAGCUAUUUGACACUUCCGGGUGAUUUCGCACCGACGACGCUGAGCCUGCCAGUGUGUUUUGUGGCGACCAUAAACUACCUGCGUACUUAUGCUACCCCGGUACAAAAUCUGUUUGUCGACCCUGGAGAUUUCGAGACGGCUACUCAAAUAUACCACUUCUUUGCCCAGCAGGUGCUAUCUGCCGAGAAGGAUAAGAGUAAGAUUCAUAUGACGAUGAGAAUCAGCAAGAUGCCUGAGUUCCUGGAUGACGUCUCCAGGUCAGACGAAACGCAAACCUCUCAUGUCCUCAGCGUCGGAUCUACUUUCAUGGCAUUGUUGGCAGGGCUGCCUGGCGGCAUACUCGGUUCCGUGCUAUUAUACCGAACACUGGUGAACAUCCAUCAUGGACGCAUUUCUUCUCAGUCGGUGCAGCGGACUGGUAGCUGCCUCGCAGGGCUGUCGGCAGAAGACUACGCCAAAGUUCGAGCGAUUAGUUUGGCACUCGUAGCACUUACCAGCUCAAUGCAACUCAACCUCAUUUGUGGAGUCUUUGGGCUUUGCUCUCUGUUGAUCCACGAGACUGAGCGAAUGCUUGAGAUCGAGCGACGGCAGCGACGAGUCAGUCGGCGUAUCUACAGCAACGCAGACAAGCUCAGCUUGGACCGGUUCGCCGCGACACUCGCACCGCUUCUGAUUGAGACGGGGCUGAGUGACGAGACCCACGCAUUCCAGGCGAUCCACGAGGAGAUUGAAAGCCAGCGGGUGGUGACGCUUUUGAUCAAGAACUGGCGCAGCGUCAGUCGACAGUUGCGGAUCUGGGAGCGGCGCGGACUGGAAGGGCGUGUGCAGGCACGGGCACAUGCGCGGGCGGCCAGCGGCGACAGCGAGAAAGCAGUGGAGAUGGAGACGCAGCAGAGAGAUUGUAUAUAG